AUGAAAGAUAUCGAAAAGGGAUACACGAGCCUGCUCCAACGCCCAGCCUACACGAAAUCACGGACUGCCGAAUCGAACGAUUUGACAACAAUUCCUCGACUUCUCACGCUGGGUGGUGACCAUACAAUUCUGCUGCCGAUUCUUCGAAGCAUCCACAAAGUAUACGGGCCGGUCAGCAUCAUUCACUUCGAUUCCCAUCUCGAUUCGUGGAAUCCAACGCAAGGAGCGCCAUCCGAUGCAGCACAAAUCACACACGGGAGCUUCUUUUACUGGGCAAACCAGGAGGGCUUGAUUUCCAACUCGAGCAAUAUGCAUGCUGGCCUUCGCACGACUCUGUCAGGGCUUGGAGACUAUGACGAAGACGAGCUAUGUGGCUUCGCGCGCAUUGAGGCUCGUGAUAUUGACGACAUUGGCACACGCGGCAUCGUCAAGAAGAUCAUCGAGCGUGUGGGCACCGACAGGCCGGUCUACUUGUCUAUUGACAUUGACACACUCGACCCUGCCUUUGCUCCAGCAACCGGAACUCCCGAGACUGGAGGUUGGUCGACACGUGAACUACGUGCAAUCAUUCGAGGUCUCUCUGACGUCAACAUAAUUGCUGCGGAUGUCGUUGAGGUAUCUCCAGUAUAUGACACGAACGCUGAGGUCACAUCACUGGCUGCGGCAGACUUGAUAUAUGAGAUCAUGAGUAUUUUUGUGAAGAGAGGUCCGAUGACAAUGGCCGAUGAGUAA